AUGGGAUUGUCAUUGUACUUGGCAAUGGCGUUGACUGGGAUUGCUGCCAUUAUGGUACCCGUUUACUUCUUGUUCCUAUGCACUUAUGAUGUCCUGUACUAUGGCUUCAGUAUUUCUGUCAUUGAUGAGAAUGCGACCCUUCGCCAAGGCUACAACUUGUCCUAUCUGAUUGAUGAUGCUGGAAGUGCCACUGGAGGUGGUUUGGACUAUGGUUUCAACUACUACAAUGGCAACUUCAAAAAGGACCGCCACCAAGCACAAAAGGACAAAUUUGACUGUUGCUUUGAGAACCUUGGUCUUGAACCAGGCAUGACUGUGAUUGACAUUGGUUGUGGCUGUGGUGACUGGCUCAACUACCUGCGUACCCGUGGUGUGAAUGGCAUUGGUGUCAAUAUUACACCAACUCAAGUCAAGGUUUGCCGUGAACGCGGACUCACAGUUCUACUUACUGAUUGGAAGAAGAUUGAGGGAAAUGCAGAAUUUGAGAAACUGCUUUUUGGAAUGGCAGAUGCCGUCACUUGCUGGGAUACGAUUGAGCACUAUGUUCCUGCCAAGUAUGCCAAAAGUGAGCCCAUGAAAGAUGUCAUUUACACAAAGCUCUUUCAACUCAUCCAAAAGUGUCUUCGCCCUGACACCAAAGUUGGUCGAGCUUGGACAUCCUGUCUUCACUAUGGUACCAGCAAGAAGACUUUGUUGCGUCGCUACAAUGACUAUUUGUUGGACAAAUUCCAUUCUGGAUGCUACCCCAAUUAUGAGAGGCGACAGUUGAAUCAAAAUGCCGAGCGAGCACAAUUCCGGCAACUGUUUGAACAGAACUUGACAGAGGAUUACUACAUGACGUCUGUCCUGUCUCCCUCUCAUUUUGGCCGGCACAAACACUCCAUGACAAUUUACCGUGCUGUGGUGUUGUUUCUUGUUGUGUUUUUGGAUCCCAACUGGCUUCCCCGUUUCUUGUGGAUGAACCAGGAAGCUUGGAUGGAUCAGUUCAAUCCUGACAAGUUAGAAGACUCACCCAUGCAGCUCUUGUGGAUCAUGUGGGAGAAGAACUAA